GCCUCGAGUCAGAAGAAGAAACAAACAAGAAACAAUUACUCAUUACUAACAUACUUUGUUUAUGUUAUGGCUUCGAACGAUAAAAGCGAUGAUGAAAUACUAGGUUUGGGGCAGUCGAGCUCAAAUAAUGAUACAUUUAACAAAGAAGCUGAUGGAGAAAUAGCUCGCCUAGAGCUUGAUUUUACUCACGCCGGUGACGUCGAUGAAGAUGAGGAAAUGUUAUUGCUUUCCUCCCCAUCUCCACCAGCGCAAUGUGAUGAAACUAAGCCUGUUACUGUUGAAAAUGAGUUAAGUAGCAAUACUCAGAACCAGCCAACCAAACUGUCGCUAGUGCACAAUGAUACAGAUAAUCAUGCAAAAUCAACAUGUCCUGAAACUGUUGAGGUUAUUACAGAUGAUGAUGAUGAUGUUUUAGAGAUAUUAGAUGAUGACUCGGAUGACGAUGAAUUUGAAGCUCCUGCAAACAAAACUAAAAGACAAUCAAAAUUUUGUCACAAUAAUACACUGGACGAUGAAGAAAGUCAAGAAGAUACAGACCAUGAAGACUUUGAUGAAGAUGAGGAACCUCUUAGUGAUGAGAAUGAGAUAGACAGUUGUGAGGAAUCAAAUUUAUUCAUUGAUGGAAAAAUCAACAUAUUUUACAUUCAUGGUGGAUUUUUUAUCUGGAAUGCUGAAGGCAAGCAUUUGUUUUUUUUUUAGUAUUUAUUCAAAGGGUCAUGACCUAAUUAGCAGCAUGCAUCCUAACUCACAUAAUGAAUGGAAUAUUUGAAGUCAAUGAAGUCAAUAUAAAUAUAAUAUUAAUAUAGUAUAGUAUUAUAAAAAUUAUAUUAUAUAAACCAGUAAUAUGUUAGUGCAGGCCAUAGGCAACGGAAUAAGUUUUUUAAUUAUUAAACUUAGGCUAAAUAAAUAAAAAUUAGACCUAUCUGAUAUCUAUUAUUAUAAUUUACUGGUUGUAUUAUAAAAUAUUUAAAAGAAAUUUUUUUUUUGUUAGGUACUGUGGGGAAAAAUUUAGAUAGAUUCUUUUUACAGUUUAAGAUAAAAGAAAAGUGGAAUAAAAUUCAAUAGUCGAUUCAAACAAAAUAUAUGUGCUUCAUAUACAGAUGUGCAGAUGCUAAGAGAGGAAUGCAGGAUUGUAGGAAAAUUGACAGGUUGCCUACCUCGAGCUCCAAGACAAAACAACCAGUUGGGUCUUCCUUUACAAUUAAUGCCCGAAGAAGCUAAACUGCUGGUUGACAUUGGUCAGUGGAACAAAAAAUUAAAACCUUUUUUUUACUUUAAAAAAUCAGCACAUUGUUUAUUUAAUGAUCUGCUUUAGGUAAGGAUUUUUAUUAGCUGAAGAAUGCUCCAAAAUAAAAUUGUAUUUUUCUUCUCUUAGAUGCAGCUGCGGUCGUCACAGAUGAUCCUGUCUCUUCAAAGAUGCUGAAAAUCAGAGAAGAAGCUUUCAAAAAUAUUCGAAACGAAAAUUUUCACAUUCAGGUGGUUCUUAAUUUUUCUGUUAUUACUAAACUAAAAGUGAAUAACUUUUUAUUGAUUCCUGAAUAGCAUUAUUUACAAACAAGUGUGCAUAAUAUAUAUAUCUUUUUUUAUAAAGUCUUAUAAUUUGGUAAUUUCCUCAUUGGCUUUAUCUCCCUUUAAUUUCUUUUUUUUUUUGUUCUAUUAGAAUCAUUGAGAAGGAACUGUAUACCAAUUUCAGCUCCAUUGAAAAUGGGGACUUGGUAGUUGCCUGUUAUUCGGAAGAUAAUGAUUAUGGGCUCCUUGAAAACUUAUUGUAUCCUAUCAUGUACCCAAACUCAACAAAUUUUAGAACUUUAGGGCACAGGAAGUUAGGGAAGUUGCUUUGACUUUGAAUUGACUUCAAAGAGUUAACCAUAAACUAAAUCAAGUUUUAAAAAAAAUAUAUUGAAAAUGAAAAUGUCCCCAAUAAAUAAGAUAUAAGGACAUAUGUGGUAAAUACUAUAAAUUUUGAAUUUGGGGAUGGCUGCGUUCUCUCUCCUGCACAGUAUACAAUAUAUGCAAAUGAUAUUCAAAGCUCUAGCGACACCGUUCCAAUCUUAAAAUUUGCUCAAGAUACCACCAUUGUUGGCUUAAUAUCUGAAGGAGAAGGCCUAUGCCGCAACUUAGUUACAAGCUUUAUCAAUCGGUGCGAUGAAAAUUUUCUCCAGUUGAAUGUCUCAAAAACAAAAGAAAUGGUUGUUGAUUUCAGGAGGGGGAAACACCAGAUUACAGAUCUCAACAUAAAAAAAUCAAAAUGUGGAGAAAGUGGAGGCAUAUAAGUACUUAGGUGUCACCAUUAAUAAUAAGCUAACAUGGCAUGAGCACGGCCAAAUGCUGUAUAAGAAAUUCAACCAAAGACUGUUCUACCUCAAAAAACUGUACAAUUUCUGCAUUAACAAGCAAGUCGUUAACUUAUUCUUCAGUGCAACUAUUGGAAGCCUGCUAAAUUUCAGUAUUACCUGCUGGUGUGGGAAUUCAACGUCUGAUAUUACACACCGCAUAAACCGACUAAUUAAGAAAGCGAGGAACAUAACACAUUUUGGAUGAUACAUCCCACCCUCUUCAUCACAGAUACUUAGGAUCGGGCUGUUCGGGACAAAUUCUUUCCAUCAGGGCGAGGACUGACAGAUAUAAAAAUUAUUUUGUUCCCCAAUCUGUACGAAUUUACUGGCGUGCUUCCUCUGAAGUCACACAUCUGAAUGAGAACUCAUAAGUCCCUGAUAAUUGCCAAGAGAACUCACUGAAUGGCUGUUUGAAAUAAUUUAUUAUAAAUAUCUUGUGUUCAUUUGUUUUAUUUUUGUGUUGAAAAUGUAUAAUGCAGUCAAAAGACAUUUCCAUUUAUUUGGAUCCAUAAAAGAAUCUUAUCUUAUCUUAAAUGUAAGUUUAACUGAUGACAUAUCCAUGUGUUAAAUUUAAUGUGUAAACUAUUUUUUUAAAUGCCACAGCAGAGACCAUUUUUGGAAGAGAAUAGCAUUGUCAUAAUCUGCAGGUGAAUCCCUUUAAAAUUAAAAAAAAAAAUUAUCCCUAUCUAAUGCUAAAUAUACAGUCAUAAUUCAGGUUGAAUUGUUAAAUACAUAAAAGAUUUGCAAUGUAGAUUUGAUUACUAUCUAUGACUAUUUUAUAUUGUAGCAAAAACUCUAUAGAGUGUCUAGAGAGGAAGAAGUUAAACAUCGUUUCAAAGAUAUAAUUGCUGGAAAAAAAGCAAAGAAACGAAAGAUAGAAACUAGCGAACACUUGCAAGAGGGAGUAAACAUAGGAAGUACAAAAACUAGGCUGAUUGCAAGCACAUCAGGUUGCGAGACCACCAAGAAAAAUAAAGUUAGUCCUGAUGUGGGUGACUCCCAGAAAGCCAUUGACACAAAUGAGUCUGAAACUGAUCACCUAACUGUGGAGGACAUCGUAAAAUCUGAGACUUCAGCCCAGCAUGCUUUGGUACAGAUUUUUACAGGUAGAGAAUGCUCUAGUUAAGACGAUUCACAGUUUUAAUUGAGCUAAUUCCCCCCUUUGCACCACAGAGGGCAUCGCUAUUUGUUAUGGUGCACCACAUAGAUUAUUGCAAUAUGUUAUGAUGGCCCACACAGGGAAUUGCAAUGUGUUAUGAUGUUUCAGGGUGCCUAGCAACCCUUCUACCAUAUACUUACCCUAGCUGCACCCCUGGGCAUUAUGGUUUAAAAGAAAUAGAUUUUAAAAAAAUUACACAGCAUACUAGAAACAUGAAGAAGAAUGUAAAGAAAAGAUUGUCCACCUCUGGAAAAGGGGAAUUGGAAGUUACAGCUAAAUGGGGAAAGCAAUUAAAUUAAUUUAAUACAAAUGAGCUGGCCCAUCACAUGAUACAAUUUUUAGUUAAUUUGGAAAUUUCAAUCUGAGUUUUGUGUACUGGUACCAUACAUAGAUUCAUUUGCUGAGGUUGAGAUUGAAAUUUUAAAUUUGUAUUUCCAAAGAAAGCCCAUGGAAGCAGAGUGUUCAACGCACCUUUGAUUGGCUCUAUCCGUGCACAGAGAAAGAAAUAAUGAGAUACCUGGUCUUCAGAGAUUUGUGGAAUAAAGGAUUCUACUUGACCUCAGGGUCAAAGUUCGGAGGGGAUUUUCUUGUGUAUCCAGGUGAGAAAUGUUGUUUAAUGCUUUCUUUUUAUAGCUUAUCUGUUCCCUAUGAGGACCAUCAAUUGAACUGAUCAGUUACAACUGUUGUACUAGCCAGGUGUCUGAAUAUUGGCCAGGCUGUGUUUUCUUACUUUCUCCUGGGGAGAGCCUGCCGAAAGUAAAACUCUCGCCUUCGCCUUGGGAGAGAGACGAUUGUUGCGGGUUUUUUAGCUUUGGGCGGCCUUUAUUGCAGCCUGGUCCCAAAAACUGUAGCGCAUCUGUUGACCGAAUGUCCCUCACUAGAUGUUUGAUGGGAGGCCAGGGCGGCGAGAGAGCCCUUCGUGAGGAAAACGUUUUAAGAGAGUUUUUAAGAGAGUAAUCGCAAACCUUCAACAAAAUAUGUUUGUUAGUUACAACUGUUACAAAGUGGGUAUGUUGUUGAAUGUUCUAUUUACCAACUUUCUUUGUGCCGGUACUUUUCUUUUGUACAUAAAUAAUAUAUUCUUAUAAAUGUUUGUAUCCUACUGUUAGUGAGUUAUUUGUUGUAAAUACCGGUACAAGAAAGAAAAAAAUUGAAUUGUGUUAGAAAUUGAUGUUAUACAUUCAGUUACCCAAGUGCUGUUUAAACAAUUAUUGAUAUUGUGUUUUGGUCUAAAUUCAGUUACCUACUUGCUGUUUUAAGAAUUAUUAUUGUGUUUUGGCUUGUGAUUUAACCUCUAAUUUUUAGAAGUGUUGACUUGAACAUUAGAAGUGUUGACUUGAACAUUAGAAGUGUUGACUUGAACAUUAGAAGUGUUGACUUGAACAUAUUUCUGCUUUCUCAAAGGGGAUCCUGCAAGAUACCAUUCCCACUACAUAGCCGUCUGCAGAAGCCAGUUUGAUGAAAUCCCAAGCCUAGAUAUUGUUACACUUGGUCGCCUGGCAACCACCGUGAGGAAGACGGCGCUUCUCUGCGCGUUAGAUAAGAACAGGAAGGUCAUCUACACGUCUUUAAAGUGGACAGGGAUCACGUGAUUUUCGAUCCCACAUUUUUAAAUAACGUCGUCGUAAUAAUAUCCCAGAUCUUUGGAAGCAGGGAUUAACAUCGUGGCCAAGAUCUAAAUGAUCUGUGGUUUACAUGGUUUUCGGCAGGUGAGCCUGUAAAUGAUUGCAACCCUUGAUUACUUCACUGCUCUGUAGCCACAUAGUGCAAAGCUAUGUAUGAUUUCUAAUAAGAUUUCUAAUAAGAUAAUUUGCCUAGAGAGUAAUGUGCUCACAGAUGUGAAGGAGAUUCCUCAGUUUAAUUUAUGGGAAAUUUAUUUUCAAACCUUUGGUCAUGACUUGUAAAUAACAGCAGGAAAAGAAAAUGUUUGAAACUGAUCAAUUAAAAUUCUUUCUGAAGGAACUAAAAUUGGAUUGUUUUUUUUUUAUAUUUGU